AUGGCGUCUCAUGCCCUCGACCGCAUCAACACAGAAGCACUGCGUGACCCGCGGAAGCUUCGGGUGGUGCAGCCAUCCCAGGGCGGGAUCCAAUUCAUCUCCCCCUCCUCCCAUAGGGAGAAGACGUCCGUGCUGCGCAUGUCCGGGGCGGCGUCGUCGCGGCUGGUACGGAAGAAGGCCGAGGACGACACGCCCGAGGCCAUCACCCGCUUCCUGGGCAACAAGGUGACGGGGCAAUACAUCCAGACGUGCCGCAACAUCUCCGUCGACUUCAACCUGACGACGUCGGUGAUCCCCUUCCUACUCGCCAACCUGAAGAGCGUGAGCCACGAGGAGGUGCUGGGGACCGUCUUCCGCGAGAUGGACCACGAGCCCCCCUUCGUCGACUGGGCCUGGGUCAGGGAGAAUAUCACCAAGCCCAACACCAACAGCCUGGGAGACACGAGCUGCUGGCUGACGUUCAUGCGUCACAUCCACUUCAGCGACGAGAUCGAGACGGAGACGGAGCGCCUGCUCUGCUUCCACACAUUCAAGAGCCUCUUGAGGAGCGUUGGUUUUGUGCAUAAGGAUGAGAUUGGGAUCAAAGAUAUGAUCAAGGUGUACCUCCUGCUCAACAUCGUGGGGCUCACGGGCCACCACGCCAUGGAAAGAUACCUAUCUGAUGUCCUCGAGGGUAACAUUCGCACGCGCUGCCUGCAGUUCGCCGCCAAGCUAGGGGACCAGAGAUACAUGACGGAGGACUACAAUGAGGCGGCGGUGAGCGUGCUGAGUUGUAUCACCAUCUCCCCGACCUUCACGGGCGACAUCCAGGUCCACAUCGCGACGAAGAAGGAGCUUGACAUGCAGAUGCGGCAGAAGGAGAUCGAAAUGUACAAGGGAAGACCACGGCUGUCGGCCUAUCUGAAGGACAACCGUACUUCCCGCUGCGAUAUGGUCUCCGUGCACAACAUGCAUACCUUUGAUAUUUGGUUGAACUUCAUCAAGUUUCCUAAUACUAUCAGUCGCAAAACACGGCACAUGGUGUACCUCCUGAUGAGCACUCCGAGUCUUACCCACUCGGACUGGAUCAAUCGCUGCCUCACCAAGGAGCUCGCCGCCUCUGUCCUUGCCACUCCGGUCACCAACCCGGAGCUCAACACCAUCUGCCAUAUCAUUUCAAGUAUCGACUACCGCGCGCAGGCCUUCCGAGAGCUUGCCGAAUUCAGAAACGAGUGCCUUAACGGUCUAUCACAGAAGAAUAUGAAGGAGAUGACACUAUCGAGACUCAUGCAACUCUACAUAUGCGCCUACCAGUGUAAGCACAUCUGGAAGGACUGCUGGAGGUUCAUCCUCCCGGUGCUGAGCUUCCCGCUAGUGCAAUCGGUCGAGGGGUUCGUGAACAAGAACAGCAUCAACGAGACGGAGGUGUACAAGGCGCUCAUGUACAGUGCCUAG